CGAUGUGUGCAAGAUUGCUUACGUUAGCUAGCUAUUGAAUCAGGUUACAGUUUGCUUCACUGUAGCUAACCAUAUGCAUGUUCGUGGCCUUGUAAACAAAACAGUAAUGACAGCUACAGGAUGGCCUAAAAGACGACCAGCAAAAUGAAUACCUGGUGACGGCUCAAACAGCUCCUGUAUUCUCUGUUGGGGUGUUCCCUGGUCUUUAUGGUCCAAGGCUUCUACUCUGCUAGCGAUGAUGUGGUUGAACUCAACCCCUCCAACUUCAACCGGGAGGUUCUUCAGAGCGACAGCCUAUGGCUCAUCGAAUUUUACGCACCUUGGUGUGGCCACUGCCAGAGUCUGACUGCUGACUGGAAGAAAACAGCUACAGCCUUGAAGGGGAUUGUUAAGAUCGGUGCGGUGGACGCCGACCAGCACAACUCCCUGGGUGGUCAGUACAGUGUCAGAGGCUUCCCCACCAUCAAGAUCUUUGGUGCCAAUAAGAACAAGCCAGACGAUUACCAAGGUGGGCGCAAUAGCCAGGCCAUUGUGGACGGGGCCCUUAAUGCUCUUCACACUCUGGUGAAGGACAGGAUGAGUGGCAGGUCGGGUGGCUCUGACUACAGUAGACAGAGUGGUGGUGGUGGCAGCGGCAGUAAGAAAGAUGUUGUGGAGCUGACCGACGACAACUUUGACCGGCUGGUUCUGAACAGUGGUGAAGUGUGGCUAGUGGAGUUCUUUGCCCCCUGGUGUGGCCACUGCAAGAGCCUGGAGCCUGAGUGGGCGGCUGCAGCCUCGGCCGUCAAGGAGCAGACCAAGGACAAGGUCCACCUUGGAGCAGUGGAUGCCACCGUGCACCAAGGUCUGGCCAGCCGCUAUGGGAUCCGUGGAUUUCCCACCAUUAAGAUCUUCAAGAAGGGGGAGGAGCCUGAGGACUACCAGGGGGGGAGGACCCGAGGUGACAUCAUUGCCGGGGCUCUGGACUUGUUCUCCGACAAUGCAGCUCCUCCGGAGUUGCUCGAGAUCCUUAAUGCAGAUGUCCUGAAGAAGACCUGCGAUGAUUACCAGCUCUGUGUCAUUGCUGUGCUGCCCCACAUCCUGGACACAGGUGCAGCAGGCAGGAAUGGCUACCUGGAGGUGAUGAUGAAGAUGGCAGAGAAGUACAAGAAGAAGAUGUGGGGCUGGCUGUGGACUGAGGCUGGUGUUCAGAUGGAGCUGGAAGCGUCACUGGGCAUUGGAGGGUUCGGCUACCCUGCCAUGGCGGCCAUCAACGCCCGCAAGAUGAAGUUCGCCCUGCUCAAGGGCUCGUUCAGCGAGACUGGCAUUCACGAGUUCCUCAGGGAUCUGUCCGUAGGCCGCGGCUCCACUGCUACCGUCGGGGGCGGGGCUUUGCCUAAUAUCAACUCUGUGGAAGCCUGGGACGGCAAAGACGGAGAGCUUCCCGUGGAGGAUGACUACGACCUGAGUGACGUGGACCUAGACGACAACUUUGGCAAGAAUGAGUUGUGAGCCCAGCGUUCCGGUUUGACGACAUCUUGUCUGUCUGGUCUACCUCGUUGUGGCCAGUCUCUCCUCUCCCGUGGAGCAAGUUGGAGACUGGGUCGCCCUGUUACUGAAAUAUCCCAGAAGAUAAAAUAAAUUUAAGAGAGUGUGGCCCUGUUGAGAAAUGCAAUCUUCCCUCUGUUUCCUUCAGGUUAACACAGAUCUAUAAGCAAUUAGAGAGGUGUUAGGAAGCUUACCACCCGUUUACUUUCAUCAGUCCAACAAAUUCAGAUCUGUGAGUACUUCAAAGAAGGUUGGAAAGACUCAAGGAUGCAUUGCUGAAGUAAUUGAACCACAGGAGGCUGCUGAGGAGAGGUUGGCUCAUAAUAAUAGCUGUAACGUUACAACCAUGUGUUUGAUUUCGAUACCAUUCGACUUCUAACGUUCCAACCAUUACUGUGAACCCGUCCUCCAAGUUAGAUGCCACCAACCUCCUGUGAAUUGAAUCAGAAAGUCACCUGCAGCUUCUCACAUCGGCCGAUUUCCACUGCUUAGAUAUUGCAACGCCUGGAUAGGUAAAAUACUUAUGAGCUGUCGAUGUCCGUAAGACUCCGCCUCACAGACCUGCUGAAUAUUAGUCACUGCAUUAAUUAUGCAGGCCCUACCUUUUUGGAAAGAGUUGAGGGUUUUCUGGAUAUGGCUGUCCAGUUGGAACAUUCCUUUCUGCAACCGUCCCCUCUUCCUUGUUUCGCCACUCUGACGUCAAGCUAAUCAGACAUGGUUGUAUUCGAUUUCACUUUCAUGCCCGGCCUGAUGUGACUAUAUAUAUAUAUUUGGGGGAUUUAGUUGUCGUAUUUUUAUUUUAUUCUGUCGGUGACUGUGCAGGACAAAGGGCAAUACCGCGGGACUUCUUGUUUUUCUUACAAAACUUUAUUUAGAUUGUGUGAAAACAAAAUUACAUUUUUGUUACAAAAUAAAAAGAGAAUACUGUUUCAUCAUUA